UGUUUUUGUUUUGAUUAGGAGUUGAUUCACACCACGACACGAGCACUGUUCGAUUUUUACGAAAUUUCUGAUUUUAAAAUUCGUUUCGUCUCACAAAUUUGUGGUUCAAUGAAGUGUUUCGUGCCGUCGUGCAAAAAUGACUUCCAUAUUACGUCACCGCUCUAUUCCGCCCAUCGGUUCCCGAAGGAUGAGGCUCAACGUUCGGCGUGGAUUCAGGCCAUUGGCACAGCCCACCGGCGAGUACUGACGGAAGAAAUCAACUUCAAUAUCGUACGGAUAUGUUCCGACCACUUCGCUGCCGAUUGUUUCUACUUCAGCCAAGAAGGAAAGUCCGGAAACAGAAAACGUGUACUAUCUGGAGUAAUUCCGACAUUGUACGGAGCAGCGGCCGUUGAGAAUGGCAAACAAAAUGCUUUCUGCAAAGUAAAAAGAGCAUCUAAAAGGCGAGACUCAUCUCACAGAAUUCGACAGGAGCCAAUCAGAAUAAAGAAAUGCACAGAAACAGCGCAAAAAGAGUCUAAGGAACUGAUAAAUAAUGCCCUGCAUUGUACCGGGAAUUUAAACGAUUCGUCCUGGAGUACAGCCAAAAAUGUAUUUCGGUUGGAGAAGUUUCCUCACGUUUGUCGGUUGUGUCUGAAACCCCCAAAAUCCGAAACGGAAGUGAUGAUUUCUCUCGACGCCCCGGAUCACGUGUUGGAUGGAACUAGCAUAGGAAAAUUUAUUGCUGAGAUUACGCCUCGUACGGAAGCAUUGGUCCGGAAUAAGCAACAUCUGCUUCCAAAUGUAGUGUGUCUACCUUGCCUAGAACUGCUGAGAUUUUUCGCCAAGUAUUUGUCCAAAAUUAAUUUCGUCCAUCAGUUGAUGAACGCACUGGUCGAACUGAAGCAGCUCAAUUCCAGCCCUAUUGUAGAUCUGUUUAACAAUGAAUCCGAGGCACUUCGUUCGGUGAUCAAAGAUCUUGGCCUGAAUCGGAAGAACAAAUUUACCGUCGAAGACUUGUUAAAUGAAUUUCCUCAAUACGAACUAGCUUCAUUCGAAGGGUUCGUCGUUAAAGAAGAACCAAAGGAGGAAUUGGAGGUUUCAGAACAAAUGAAAUGUGAAGUACUUGUACAAGAGCUGUCGAAUUUUCCAACGGAAUCAGAUGUGAUUUAUGCGGAAGAGUGUACUGCGGAGGAGUUAUCCGAAUUGACCAAAGACAAUCCGGAACUUCUGGUUACAGAUAGUUCGGACGAUUAUCCAAUUUUCAAAAAGCCUAAACCUCCCAUCAAAUCUAAGUAUGGCGGUAGAAAGCUUGAUAAACCACUCAGCUGCACGAAGUGCUCAUUUUCCACGUACUUUAAACGUAAUUUCAUGACACACCAGGAAAAGCACGCAAAACGAGAAGCCCGAGUUUAUGCGUGCAAGCAUCCGGGGUGUUCAAAGGUGUUUAAAACGCGUUUGGAAUACAAACGGCACGGCCCAACGGCGCACAAGUCAUUCAUCUGCGAUACUUGCGGACUUCCAUGUUCUACAAAAACCGCCCUAAAGAACCACAUGGCUCGGCAUAUGAAAAAGUAUGAGCACGUGUGUUCCUACUGUCAACGGGGACAUAACACGAAAGGCGACCUCCGCAUACACAUCACAAAGAUGCAUUUGCGCACUGCCACCUUUCCGUGCGAAACGUGCGGUCUGGUUUUCCAUAGGAAAUUUAUCCUGCAGGAGCACCAACGAAGGCACAAUGAAACGUACGGCUUCCCGUGUCACAUGUGCGACAAAAAAUUCAAGGUCGCCCACAGUCUCCGGAACCACAUUAGAAUCGUGCACGAGAAGUUUCGUCACGAGUGUAGCUAUUGCGAUGCUGGCUUCUUUACCACGUACAACCUGAACAACCACAUCGAGAGCGUUCACGGUAUUCAAACCAGAUUCGUUUGUGACGUUUGCGUCCAAACGUUCAACAGUCGGGAGAAGCUGGACAGCCACCGGCCUCGGCACGACAAUCCCAAGGAGCUCGAGUGUGGACUGUGUUUGAGUGCUUUCAAAUCCGAGGAUUUACUAUCGGAGCAUCUUUGCAUAACGUACAGAUCGGAUUACGUUUGCUGCGGCCGAGACAUGCGGUAUCAUUACAUGUACAACAAGCAUAUGAUGCUGAAACAUGGCGUAACAAUAAACGCGCGGGUAAAACCGGUCCCGGGACAACUAAUGGGUCAGAUGAGAGCCCUUAGGAAACGUGUCGAAUCUUGUCUGAAGUGUGAGGAAAUCUUCCCUUCAAGAACACUGAAGAAGCAACACAUGGCGAUCUGUACAUUUGGGGAAGACAAGAAUAAUGGUCAUGGAGAAGAUCAUUCGACGGCCGAAGAUGUGCUGAUUACGAUUGCGAGCAAUGCGGACGUUCUUCAGCAUGAAGUUAUAGUUGAGUAAGUUGAAUGAACAGUUUUUUUAUUGUAAGACUUUGGAGUACUUUCAACAUUAAACCUUCAUAUCCGACUGCCUUUAUGAGCA